AUGUCGAAAGAGUUGCGGAAUCUCCAGUUCGACAACCCCGGCUCGAGCGCCAUCAUGCCCGACUUGGCGACGGUGGCGCGCGAGGGGCGCGGCCAGCGUCCGCUCAGACCCACAGCUACUGGUGACUCCUUCGCUUCAAGAUACCGCGACUCGGGCUACGACACACUUGGCACAAGCAGCUACUCAUCAUCCGCCCGUCGCAUCUACCACGAUCAACAAGGCCGCCUGGUCGUCGACGAGGAGCGGUACACGAUUUGCGACUGUUUGCGCGCCGAGUGUCCAGGUUGCUACUUCCCGUGCGAUAAAUGUGGUAGCGGCUACUGUUCGUCGGCGUGUCAGCGCAACAGAUCGUGGUACAUCUCCAAGAAGGGCGACACCAGCGCCAACCCGACGUGGACCCGCAACCCCGUGCUCGAGAUGAGGCAU